GUUGACCCGUUUUUGGCUGGUGCUGCUUUCAGCGUACAGAGGGCCGUCUGUAAAUCUGUGUUCACGUUCAAGUUAAUAGUCCAACCCAGACCUGUGGCUGGAGAUGAGAAACAAACUUUUUGGACCUAAAAAAAAAACAAAAAAGGAAAUCCAGAAAAAGAUUCCAGGUUGAGUCCGUAUUUUCAGACCGGGCCUCACCUUUUCUGUGGAGGGUAAUAAAAUGUGGGCGGUUCUCCUGAACGGGUCCAAAGUUGAAGGAGACCGGAGGACUGGAAACUGGUUUCUUUUUUCUCAGAGAAACUUUUAUUUAUCAUGACUUUGACUGAAAACAGCAUCAAGAAAAUGCUCCCUACGACCUAUGUCCGCAGUUACGUGGCUCAUGAAAUAUUUGUGGCAACGACCUACUUUAAAAACCUGAGGCCUGCCAUGGACCGCUUCGUUUCCAGAGCCGGGGCAGCAAAGACCCUGAUGAGCCUGACGGGAACCAUACCUGUGACGUUUGCAGGUAAGAUUUACAACAUCCCGGUGUGCGUGUGGAUUGAGGAGCGCUACCCCCAUGCCCCCCCCAUCUGCUACGUCCAGCCCACAGCGGAGAUGAUGCUGGUCAAGAGGGUGUUUCUGUCCGCAGACGGUCAGAUCCUUCUGCCCUACCUGAAGGAAUGGAAGAAGGGUGACUGUGACCUCAUCAGCCUCCUGCAGGUGAUGGCGGCGGUUUUUGGAGAGUUCCCCCCUGUAAGCAUGCGGCCCCCUCCAGAGCAGGAGCUAGGCUCAUGCUGGACGGAUGCAGACGGGAAUUCUGUUCUGUCUUUGCCCAGAGAAGAUGGUCAACCUUUCCAACGGAAAAAUGAAACUGACUGUUGAGGGUUUUGUAAAACUUCUGUACUGAUGGCAUCCAUCCCCUCUGAAAAAAACUUUUAAUAUAUAAUAUGUCAAUAAUAAAUUGAAAAAAAACUUUAAAUAUAUAAUAUGUGAAUAAUAAUAAUGUUUCUUCUGGGAAGUGAAAACGUCUCCUGCUGCGUGUUUGUGCUUUGGGACGUUUCCAUUCAACUUAAGUCCGUUUACAAAAUAAAAACUUUAUAUAUAACUGUCA